CACUCACAACUUGACGCUUCUGUCUACACACACACGGACACACACAGACACACACACAGACACACAAAAAGGGAGAGAGAGAGAAAAACAGGGAGAGAAUUGCCAUGUCCCACCGUGUCACACCAAGCAGUCGGACGUGGACACUUCGCUUCAAGCACAACACCCGCACCGUCCUGCUAGAGGUCGAUCCACUACAGAAACUGUCAGAAGUGCGCGCAGAACUGCUGCACGCGCUGGUAGAAACCAACCCAGAUGGCACUUUCAAUGGCAAAGAAAUUCCCAAAAACGCCGACCACAUCCAGCUCGGCUCGGCCAACGAUCGCAACGACCUAAGCAAAGGCUAUACGUCGCUCACCAGUGACUUUGAGCAAAUCGAAGAGAGUGGCAAGGGGAAGGGCAAGGCCACUGCUGGCAAGGCGAAACCCGGUUCGUCCUCGGCCAAGGACUGUCCGCAAGGUGUGGGACUGAAGAACGGUGAUAUUGUGGCAUUCAAGUUUGCAGGCGACGAUGGUGUCCCAGGCGAUGAGGACGAGAUUCUAGAACAGUGGGACGUUGUUGUGCCGUCGAUUGAAGAGACGUACAGAGAGGACGACGAGGGGGUUGACAUGGACGAGGGCUGAGCGAGCAUGGCUCAACAGCAACGAAUGCUGCUUUGAGAAUAAAAGCUCGGCACGGGUCACGAAUGGGCAAUGUUGACAGCAUCUAGACGACAAGCACAUUGCUACACGCUCAAGCUUCGACUGAGGAUCAGCAUCCCGAACGACCUGGUCUGGAUAACACACACGGAAGCCUGCAGCACGCUUUGCUACUUUAGGCGGACGUGUAACCUCGCUUGAGACGGACUGCAAGAACAUUGGCCCAGAAAUAGCGUGGGAAUGACAUGCAUCCGCUGUCAAAACCACGAUGUCGUUCCUGAGUAUAUCUCGACUUCAGCGAUCGCAGAAGAGCCUCUGACUGGUCUUUCUGGCAAUUCAGCUUUGCCAAUAGACAAUGACCACCACCCACGCAGGGCUGUCCACGAUGUCCAAUGCCGUUGCUACCGCCCGUACCGAGGCAGGAUAUCCCGUGUAGCCAACUUCGUCACAACGUUACGAUUUGACCAUCGUAUUGAAGAUCUCUCGCAAGUUAUCCAGGCAUAUACCUUUGUUGCGUUCAAGCGGGUGCAUGACAGCCGACACUGUGGAAGUUGAUCUGUUGGGCAGCCUGCCCGAAAGCGUAGUGCUAGCAGCGCUCUUUGCGGCUGUCUGCAUGUUCAUAUUGUGGCUACCCGCUGUCAGGCUCAGCUGGGCAAUCUGCCAUGAGCUCGAAGGCCAAGUGGCGCGGACAUCGUUCCAACCGUCCUGCGGUGGCGGUUGGCCUUCGCAUUCCAGCGGAAGACAUUGCAUGAUUUCGAUGGGUAUAGAUCGCACAUACCAGCUCGUCCAACUCUGAUGGGGUGUGGGUUCCUGUCAGGAGCCGCAGCACUUGGGCUGUAGACUGGCGUGACUGACCCGGAGUCGCUGCGUCUGAAACUUGUACGUCAACGCAUGAUGCCGCUACCACGACCUGCUCCAGUCCGGUGUAUACACUCUUCACGAUUGCAGCCCCAUGCAUGUCAGUACGACGAGCGGUUGGCCUGGAAGUAUUCCAAGUUUUCCAUUCGCAGUUGGUUAAUGUCAGACGCUAUUCGGCAACGGCAGGCUUCCAGCCCUUGCCGCUAUUGUACCAACUCGCAACGAUCGGGUAACAGGUGGCGCCGUCCCAUAACUGGCAAGCUGUCAUUAAUGCUGUAGCUGCCUUGACCGAAUGCGCAGGGUGUGGAUUCGCCAACCACUCCAGGACUCAAUGUACUGCCACAGGCACCACGCAUGGGUCUAUGGCAACGGCCACUGAAGCCCGUGCAAUUAGACAGAUAUGCCUAUUCCCUCUGUCCGUCCGCAGCUCCUCGAUGAGGACCAGGACGCGCAUCGACAUCAUCUUUGCUCCAAGCAAUCGAUGAGGUGAACUGUGCAACAGUCCACUUGCAAUUGACGUUCCCCCCUCUUGUGCAAGCACUGGUCUAUCUAGAAUGAUAUGCUCUGCUUCACCCAACACACCAGCAAGCAAGCAAUCUUUUGAGGCCAAAAUGCCUCUAUAACUGAGGUUGAUGACCUACACACGAUGGUCCACAUUGGCGUUCUUCUCAACACAGCCAAACUUUUUUAUUAACCCUGGCAACAACGCAAAAAGCGAUAAAUAAACCGCCCCAUCUCCAAUAACCUCUCGUUCAAAACGCUACAGUACUCGACGAUCCAAGGGGGAGGUCCCCCAAAAACGAGAAGGCGGUAAUGCCCCUCACAUCCUACCAUUACACCUGCGGCCACAUGCACCAAAUUCAAGGACGCCAAUGUACGUGUUUUUACAACCAAAUGAUGCGCAUUAACGAUCCUCUUCAUCACCACCAUGACCACAAUGCGAUGCUAUUACCCUUUGAUAUCACGGCAUCCGGUUGCAGACAUGAUCGAACGAUUUUUCAGGAGCGGGAUUGCUCGGAUUGUCGGAGACGAAGGGAGAGGGAAUUGGAGAGGUUAUAUUUCAUGGGGAGAUUUAUGACUGAUCAUCAUCAUCACCAUCAUCAUCAUCAUCGAGGCGGAGGGUAUAGCGAUGUGGCAUCGAUGGGAGUGGGGGGAGGAUUGUAUCAUGAUCGAUAUCGGUUCGGGAGUUGGUGGUAUGGGAGAAAAAGUACGAGGCGGCAUAUGAAAUGAGAAUGAGAAAAGGAAGCUACCUAUGCUAGUGGGCGCUUUGCCAAGUGAACUGGUCAGGUACAGCAAGCAUCAAUUGUGUGGAGCAUUCGGCAGGGUCCACUUGCUGAAAAAGUCUAGGACGACGGGGGUAAAGUCCAAAGCUUUGUCGAGACACUUCCGAUCGGUUUGGUUGAAGACAUCUGAUGCAUCAUAGUUGUUGGAAGUGCCGCUCGGCCAGCAAUGACCAAGUUCGAACACUCGGUAGUGCUUGAUCGCUUCCGUGUAGUUGCCGCAGGAGUAGCUGGUGGUGUUGUAACCUCCCAUAUUGCGAGAAUCACUCGCCGUCGCGUUCGAUCCACACGUUCGCUGUCCCCACCAGCUCACCCAUUGAGAGACAUCUGGUAACGGCCCACCACUUCCCACUCCUCCAGCGUACGGAAUAACCUUGUCCGCGACACCGUGAGAUUCCAGCAUCGCUCGCUUC